AUGGAAAAAGGCAAGGCGAUAGCCCAAUCAUCAGGAGUCGACAAAAACAAAGAAGUCGAUGUUGAUGAAGAAUAUUUUGAUGAAGGAUAUGAUGAAAUGAUUGGAAUGAUUUCGAUCAUUCCAAUAGAAUAUCUGGGUGAGUAUGAAGGUGACCCAGAGGAAGAUUAUGACAUGGAGGAUGAGGAAGCUUUUUCUUUCAUUCGACUAGAGAAUGAACCGGGGUAUUUCUUUCGGCCAAAUGAAAAACAGAUGUCCCAUCUCCGCCCACUUCAUAUAACCACCACCUUGAGUGGGAUCAAGGUAAACAAGGUAUUGAUUGAUGGUGGAGCGGCAAUUAGCCUUUUGCCUGAGAGGAUGUUAAUGAAAGUGGGAAAGCAUCCUGAUGAUUUGGUCCCCACAAAUGUAGCUGUGAUAGACUUUAGUAGGACUUCGACUCCAUCAAAAGGAUUGGUCACUUUGACCGUAAAGGUUGGUUCAGCCAAACGAAACACUGUGUUCGUGGUGGUUCCAUCCAAGGCGAGUUAUAAUGCUUUGUUGGGGCGAGACUGGAUCCAUGGUGUGGGGGCCGUACCUUUUACUGUGCAUCAGAGUGUUCUUCUGUGGUCAAAGGAUGGCAAACCUGAAGUCAUCAAGGUAGAUUCGAACCUUUAUGUCGAACAACUGUACGUUGAUUUCUGGAUGUACAAUCCUAAAUUGAAACCUUUGAAUGUCGACCGAACACUGAAUUCUUAUAAUUGUGAAGGUUGCUACUUAUCUUCGGAAGGCCUCUCGGUAAAGUUGCGUUACCCAGAGUUGGAGUUUGCUCUGACUGGUUGGGACUUCGAGUCUUGUUCUGAUUUAGAUAUUUCAAAUAUAUGUAAUGAAAGUAAUGCUACGAAUCCAAUGGCUGACUUAAUAGCAGAAGCGCAUUGUAUUGAAAAUCGAAGUAAUGUUAAUGAAGUGAAUGAUUCAGUUCAUUCUAUUUCUAAUAUUAUUGACUUCACUUUUGAUUGCAUCUAUGAUCUAGAACCUUUGGGUUUUGAGAAAUAUUCGGUAAAAGAUGAUGAUCAUUAUAAAGGUGAUGAAGAAAAACGGGAAGUUGAGAGUAUCAUUGAUUUUCGAGAUUUGAAUAACGCUACUCCAAAAGAUGAAUAUUUUAUGCCAAUUGCAGAUAUGUUAAUUGAUUCUGCAGCAGGAAAUGAAAUCCUUAGUUUUAUGGAUGGUUAUUCAAGAUACAACCAAAUUUUCAUUGCAGAAGAUGACGUGUCUAAAACUACUUUUCAUUGUUUUGGGGCAUUAGGCACUUAUGAAUGGGUGGUUAUGUCAUUUGGUUUGGAGAAUUUUGGUGCAACGUAUCAGAGGGCAAUGAAUGCUAUUUUCUAUGAGUUUAUUGGGAAAUUUAUGGACGUGUAUAUUGAUGAUGUUAUGGUUAAAUCGAUUUCAAUAAAUUAG